UUUUCAAUGCUCAAACCACGGAAACGAAUGUUCUUCGCACUUGAAGAAACUCAAAAUCAGCUGACGUUUUUCAAAGAUGAAUCAGAUUUCGUGAAGAGAAAAGAACCAGUCGGUACGAUCCCUCUUGCUAAUGCGGCGUGCACUGUCGCUGAGCAGAGUGGCACAUCAUUUGCUAUACAUGCGAAUGGUCGAACCUAUGGUUUUGAUGCAGAUAAUGAGCGAAGUGCAGAACACUGGAUGAGUGCGUUGCAGAAUCGACGGGAAAGCGUUGAUCUAAACGAAAAUAUCCGUAAAACAAGUCGACCUCUCAGUAGACGUCCCCCGAAAAUGUCACGUUCUCGUUCGGCUUCGCUCCCUAGCGAAAGUGAACUGCAAAGUGCACAAAGAACACAACGAUACACUCUCGAGCAUCGACGAUCUGUUGCACCAUUUCCUCGAGUUCUGCCAACAGAUGUCGAAGCACGUGAUGAUAUAGGCGUCGUUGACAAGGAACGAGUUGAAGGAAAAGGUGAUCGACUGCCGUCGUGGUUUGAUGAGUGGAUUCGGAGUUGGCUGAAUGAUCAAUCGUUUUCGGUGCCACCAUAUGGAACGGAGAAAACGAACAUUACCGAGGCAAGUGUAACCACUGAAGAAUUGUAUCGUCUUCGCGAGAUAACGAAUCGUCAAAAGGAACGAAUUCAAGAAUUGAAUGAGAACAACAAAAAACUCAUCGUUCAAAUGUCACAGUUGCGAGAAUUUCAGUUGGCGACUCUAAUUGCACAGAACAAAUUUCUGAACGCUGAAGUGUUACGAUUGUCGGAGAGGAGUGAAGCUGAACAACGGGUCAUCGAAAAACUUAAAACGGAAAAGAGAAAUCUAGAAGAAGAUAUUAAUGGUUUUCGACGAGAAUAUGUGUUCCUGUUGCAGAGUUGCAUUCGAAUUCCUCUCUCAGAGCAACAUUCAACAGAUGUUUUACAAGUGAAACUACUUGGUGGUGAUAUUGAAUUGCUUAGAAGUUAUCCUCAAAAAAUUUACGGAGCUCAGUCAUUCUCGCUUCAGCCAGAAGCACGUCGUCUGGUUCGUGGUGGAAUUCCGCCGAGUAUGAGAACGACCGUCUGGAGAAUGAUAAUACACCAGCAAGUGGCCGAUGUAAAAAAGAAAUAUGGCAAAUAUUAUUAUCGUAAUUUGUGUAAUUCACAAGGCACUCCUGCUGAAAGACAGGUUCAUCUCAUUGUCUCGCAUUGUACACUUCGUAUUUUUAACGAUUGCUGA